GACACCCACAACAUAACCUCAAAUUUGUAGGAUUUAUUUACUAUUUUUUAAUUAUUGUGUGAAUAAAAACAGUAUAAUCGAAUGGCGCUAUUUGCAUAAAAAGUGUGUAUGAAAUGUUUCCUUUGUUCUACACAAAAUGACGACGUUAAAACCAGGCAGUCAAAGCCCUCGCAAGAAAGUUCAAGUUUCGAUGGUGAUAUGCGAAGCAGAAGAGAAGAAACAUCGGUCAGGCAUAAACGCCUUGCAAUUAGAUCCAGCAUUAGACCGGUUAUAUUCCGCAGGAAGAGACUCCGUCGUAAGGGUGUACGAGCACGAGAAAUUCUUACACGGAAUGCAACAUCACACUGACUGGGUCAACGACAUCGUACUGUGCUGCGGUGGAAAAAAUUUGAUAUCCGCUAGUUCCGAUACAACGGUGAAAGUGUGGAAUGCUCACAAAGGUUUCUGCAUGUCUACGUUAAGAACCCACAAAGAUUACGUGAAAGCAUUGGCAUACGCAAAAGAUAGAGAACAAGUGGCUUCUGCUGGUCUGGAUAAAUCGAUAUAUUUAUGGGAUAUUACUACUCUAACGGCACUAACCGCUAGCAAUAACACUGUUACUACUUCCAGUCUCUAUGGGAGCAAAGAGUCAAUUUAUAGUUUAGCAAUGAAUCCUUCGGGAAGUAUAAUAGUCAGCGGUUCGACUGAGAAAAUAUUAAGAAUAUGGGAUGCCAGAACAUGUGCCAAAUUGUACAAAUUAACAGGUCAUCAAGAUAAUGUAAAAGCAUUAGUUGUCUCUAGAGAUGGAACUCAGUGUUUAUCUGGUAGCAGUGAUGGAUCAAUUAGAUUGUGGAAUUUAGGAGCUCAGAGAUGUGUGCAAAUUAUACAAGUUCACACGGAUUCCGUAUGGGCACUAUUAGCAACCGAGACAUUUAGUUAUGUAAUAUCUGGUGGACGAGAUAAAAAGGUGAUAAUGACGGACUUGAAAAAUCCCUCAAACAGUAUUAUAGUCUGUAACGAAGAAGCUCCAAUUUUAAAAAUGUGUUUCACAGCCGAUCGCCAAGCGAUAUGGGUAUCUACAUCUGAUUCUACUAUAAGAUGUUGGAAGCUUCCAACUGAUAAACAAUUCGCUGAAGAACUGCAGACAUCUUUUCCACCCAUAUCAUUAAUACCAGGCGGUGCAGCUAUUAAAAAAGCGGUCGUUCUCAACGACAAAAGGCACAUUUUAACCGAAGAUACUCAAGAAAACGUCUCUGUUUACGACGUUCUUAGGGCUAUAAAAGUAGAAGAUUUAGGUAAGGUAGAUUUUAAAGAAGAGGAAAAAAACCGUUUCAGAAUGAUAUACAUCCCCAAUUGGUUCAAUACGGACCUAAAAACGGGGAUGUUAACAGUCCAUUUAGGCCAAGACGAGGUGGAUUGCUUCUCCGCUUGGGUGUCGGCUCGAGACGCCGGCAUAAAGAAUCCCCACGAGCCCGAUCUCAAGGUAAAUUACGGCAAACUGUUGUUACAGGCGCUCUUCAAACAUUGGCGAGGAGUCGAGACCGACGAGGGGCAAUACUUCACCGUUCCCAAUCACAUACCAUUAAUUUUAAGUGAAGUUGGCGGUAGGACGUUGUAUAGAAUGAUAGUAGGCGAGGGCGGUGGGGAAACAGAAAACACCCUCCUGAACGAAACGGUCCCAUCAUGGGUUAUAUCGAAUAUCGAGGAGAAUUCUCAAAAUAAAUUCAUUAGAAUACAAUUUUAUCUUCAACCGCAUUCCAGCGUCCCUUCGCAUCUUCUGAAACAAGAUAGAAUGAAAAAGCCAGAUAGAUUAGUGGCGAAUGAUUUUAUACAAUGUCGAAAAGUAGCCGAGCAUAUUUUGGAGAAGCUGCUGGGCGACGGGACGGCGGGCUCGCCGGGCGGUGACGCCGAUCCAUCGGGAAAUUCGAACAACGGUUACAACGUGGAUCAAAUCGAACUAACUUGUAACGAGCAGGUGCUUGAUCCCGCGAUGGACCUCAGGACAGUUAAACAUUUUAUAUGGAAAUCAUCAACUGACCUGACUCUGUUUUACAGAAUACUGAUUAAAUAGUUUAUGUGAUGGGGUUAGUGGUAAAUUGUUUUUAAUUUUUUUAAAAAUUGUACUCAUUUACGUCUAAUUUGAAGUUGGAGAAUGUCUUAAAUAUGAUCUAGGUUUUCUCAGCUUUGAAAUGAAGCAUAUUUAUUGUUGAAUGUACGUUAGCUGCGC